GAAUGCUGGGUUGUUUACAUUACUGGCACACGAGUCAGCACAGUGGUGAUGAGAGGGGCCUUACUGAUGCACACACUUUCUGAAAACACGUACGCAUCUCGACUGUCUCUAACAAGCCCAGGCUCUCUCCGAAAAAAACUUUCCAGCGCUUACCCGACGGUGCCACGCAACAAGAGAGGCCCGCCGAGUCAACUUUUAGGAGCGACCUUGGAAAGAGAAGAGAAAGUCAAAACAAAGACAACCGCCAUAACCACCAGGAGAAACUUUCAACGUGAAGAAGGAAUAGCUUAGCAACAGACUCCCACUUCCUGAGGUGUAAAGGAUCAGCCUCCUAACACCAUGGAUAUGGACACACAGCCACAAGGACAGCAAGCCGCCGUGCCAGUCUUUCAGCCCCAGAAACCAUUACAACCAGACAUGGGGCAUAACUCACUGGCAAACUUCCAGAUUGAGAAGAAGAUUGGACGUGGCCAGUUCAGCGAGGUGUGGCGGGCAAGGUACCUGUUAGACAACACGUCAGUCGCCCUGAAAAAAGUCCAGAUAUUCGACUUGAUGGAUGCCAAAGCUCGGCAAGAUUGCAUCAAAGAGAUAGAUCUCCUUAAGCAAUUGAACCACCCCAAUGUGAUAAAGUACCAUGCGUCUUUUAUUGAAGACAAUGAGCUGAACAUAGUCCUGGAGCUGGCGGAUGCAGGGGACCUCUCGCGGAUGAUCAAGCACUUUAAGAAGCAGAGGAGGCUUAUCCCAGAGAGAACGGUGUGGAAGUACUUCGUCCAGCUUUGCAGUGCGCUCGAACACAUGCACUCCCGGAGAGUCAUGCACAGAGAUAUCAAGCCAGCCAAUGUGUUCAUCACAGCUACAGGAGUAGUGAAACUUGGAGACUUGGGCCUGGGACGAUUCUUCAGCUCCAAAACAACGGCCGCUCACUCACUAGUGGGUACUCCGUACUACAUGUCACCAGAGAGGAUACAUGAAAACGGAUACAACUUCAAAUCUGACAUCUGGUCGCUAGGAUGCCUUCUCUACGAGAUGGCAGCCCUGCAGAGUCCGUUCUACGGGGAUAAGAUGAACCUCUACUCCCUUUGUAAGAAGAUAGAACAGUGCGACUACCCCCCACUUCCCUCAGAUCACUACUCAGAGGAGCUGAGGAACUUGGUAGAUAUGUGCAUCAACCCUGACCCGGAGAAGAGGCCGGACAUCACCUACGUGUACGACAUUGCCAAACACAUGCAGAACAUGACACAGGGCAGCUAAACCCAGAGUGACACGCAUAUAGCUCGCAGAACUCCUCCCCACUUCCCUUCUUGCUUUUCAUGCUGGACUCGAACAAAUCUAUUGGCUUUUAUACAAUAACUCCAGAGUUUAGCUCCUUGUGAUAAGAAGCAACAUAAUUAUUGUAAAGGUGGAGGUACAGUCCAUUAUAUAACUGACACCCAAACCAUUCUGCCUUAGGAUAAAGAUUAUAGAGAUUAUACUUCUUGUCAGGUGGACUUCCCAUUCCUCAGACUUCAAUAAUGAUACAGCACUGAACAUCAGCGUAUUGUAACUCACUGAUGUGCUAUAGCUUUAAAAUGCAUUUCCUCUGUAUAUUCAUGUAUUGAAGUGAUGGUGUUCUUCAACAGCUGAUAGAAGCAUAUUGUGUUUGAAGCAGAUAUACUGAAAAAAGAUUAUAAGAAGAAAAUAAAAAAGGCAAAGUUAGCUGUUACCUAAAAAAAUGACCUUUAACGGUUUACUAGUUGAGACCUAUGCAAUUAGCACGAAAAAGACAUGAAAACUUUAAAAAGAAAGUUUUCCACUCGAGGGCAGCAGAACUGAGAGACGUAACAAAGUGUUAUUGGUGGUAGAGGCGGUGUUGUGUUGCACUUUAUCCUGGUACUGAAAGGAGGGCAGGGUGAUCAUGCCUAAUGACUGUAUUAGGAAAGGAAGGAUCAUUUAGAGGGUAGACUAGAGACCUGCCGGGGGGGAAAACAUGGGCAAAUGUCUCCACAACACUUUGAAUGUAAGUCAUUUUGACAUCUAUGUAUUGUCUUUGAAAAAUUCAGAAUGUCUCUUUUUUGACAGCCUAGAAGGAUUCGAGAAGCUGAAAGAAAAACAGUUUUACGUCUGCUGUUUACCUUAGUCACUGACACCAAAAGAUUCCCUCCUUGGUUCAACUCAAGCAAAAUAUAUUUUUAAAAUCACAAUAAAGACAUGGGAAGUCAAAACACAUAGUUCUCCAUCAUUGUCCAGCGGCUGCAUUUGUGGACAAAAUGUUGUGAUUGUUUGCGUUGCUGUGUACGUUUGCAGUGUAGUUGUCUUGUUAAGUAACACAUGUGUUGAAGAGAGAGCAGAUCCUUGUGUAGCCGUCCAUGCCAUGAGUAAACCACAGCGUGCCUACCUAACUUAUCCUCCAGUAGGGAUACCAAAGACAAAGUCGCGUAUAGACAGAGCACUUUCUACAUGUGUUUGGUGUUAUUCAUGGGAAGUAUAUCAAGGAGUUGUCCUGAAAAUACAAACACCAAUGGGACUCACAUAGUUUUACUGUACAUAGUAAAGAAGUUCCUAUAGAUGUAAUACUGUAAGGUUUAAUAACCCUUUAUUCAUUUGGAGGAAGGAUACAGGGGUAUGUUUGUUUUUAUUUUAUUUGUUUUUAACAGUUAAUACUGUAGGUUUACUCCAGCAGGUCACAAAUGACCAGCUCUGACCACCACCAGUUUACAUAGUAACAACAAUACCACACGAAAGUUAUAGCAAAUAAGCAACGGUUAAUAACGCUUAAUUUCGGUCGCUUAUUAAUUCUCUUCUAUCAUUAAAUAGCCGCUCAUUGAAAUGAUUGUACUUGUAUGCCCAUGUUUGAUCAUGUUUUUUCAUUAACAUGAAAUAGUAAAUAGUAGAAAAUCAAAGCUUAUAGAUAAGAAAAUAUAAGUAAUUUUUCUCAGACGACACAUUAUUGUGAUAGUGUGUUGAUCGCAGAUAUUUCCUUGGGACUUGCAGAUGCAGUUUUUGUUUACCAUUGCUUUCUCACUCUCUCCUCCAUUUCAGUUUUUAAUCUUUAUUAUCUAAUAUUUGUCAUUGUGUUCACCCAAGUUUCUUUUAAUUUUAUCUUUAGUUCUCUAAACAAUAGCAUUUCUAUGGCACCAAAGUAUUUCAGCAAUUAAAGCGAUUGAGUUUUGAUGCUAAAUGCUUUUAUAUCGGCCUGACAGUUGCAUCCAAUGCAAGUACCAGUCUGUUAUAAAAGAUGUAAUAUACUGUAUAUUGAACAAAUUGCCUUGCUUUUAAAAAAGAAAUCCUCACUAGCAGGUUUAUAACACACAGUGCUAAGUCACUUUAAUGGUUACGGCCCUUUCUUGGUAGUGAGCGUUUUAGCCUCCAUGUCACAUACAUGUCAUCUCACAUACUCUCCUGUGUCCUCGCCUUUUACUUCGACUCAGUUUCCUUUCCACAGACCCUCUGAAGUUGGGAUUGAAGAGUCUAGGGGUGUUUCCAGAAAGUCAAAUAUUGCAAAUAAUAUUUAUUGUUUUGUUUUUUUUCAGAACAUUUCAUGUCAAAUUAAAGACCCUUAUCACAAAUGCCUUGUAUGCUAACUAAAUGCAAUAAAGCUUUCAAAUUCA